AUGAGUAUCACUCAGCCCUUGUCGCGUGCUACUCUGGUUGCAGAGUUCCAUUUCCAACAAGAACAACAACAACAACAACAACAACAAUUGUUGGAAUCAUUGAAACUGAAACCAGUUAAUGGGAAAACUCAAAAAAGUCAUUCGUCUUAUUAUUAUUAUCCCUUUCCUUCAAUUCCUAGACCAAAAAGAAACGUUUUAUAUUAUUCUAAUUGGCCUAAACCUCAACGGAUUGGGUUCCCUGUUUCGAGACUUCCACGGAUCUCUCGGAGACUGUUGUCCACUGCUCCUCAAAAGAUUAGAAAUAAAACUAAAUCAAUUCAUAAUCGGUUCUUUUCUGCUGAGGCUCGGGAUAGAAGAAGACAAAAGAGAAAGUUUGUUAAAUGGUGGACUUUAACUUCUUUAACUAUUGUUUUAGGUGGUGUGGCCGCAAAAAUUCGAUCAGAAAGAGGUGAAGAGCCAAAUGAGUAUGCUAUUAAACCUCAAUCAUGGCAUUUAUAUGCAUAUUCUACUUUACCUUUAAAAUCAAUUAGUCGUUUAUGGGGUCAAGUAAAUUCAAUUAAUUUGCCUGUUUGGUUAAGAUCUCCAUCUUAUAAGAUUUAUUCUGCAUUAUUUGGAGUUAAUCUUGAAGAGAUGGAUGAACCGGAUUUAACCACCUAUCCAAAUUUGGGUGAUUUUUUUUAUAGAAAAUUAAAACCUGGAGUUAGACCAAUUGCUGAUUCUGAAUUGGUUUCUCCAUCUGAUGGUACAGUUUUGAAAUUUGGGGUUAUUGAAAAUGGUGAAAUUGAACAAGUUAAAGGAAUGACAUAUUCUGUUGAUGCAUUGUUGGGGUUAAAAACAACUCAAUUGGCAGCUCCUAGUCAUGCACCUGAUAUUGAUAGAGAAGUUAUGGAUGAAGAAACCAUUUAUCAACGGGAUGAAGAAUUUGCUAAGUUGAAUGGAAUUUCAUAUUCUGUUGAUGAUUUAAUUGGAGGAGAAAAUGAAGAUACGUAUCAUGCACAGAAUUUACAAUAUAAAGAUAACGGAGAUGGUACUGCUAAGGGGGCGCGGUCUUCAUUUUCUGAAGAAAUAUCUAUGGCCAAAAAUAUUACUCCUAGUCCAUUAGAAUCCCUUCAAAAUAAGCAAUUAUAUUUUGCUGUUAUUUAUUUGGCCCCAGGAGAUUAUCAUCGCUAUCAUUCCCCCACUAAUUGGGUAACUACUUUAAGACGUCAUUUCAUCGGAGAAUUAUUCUCGGUGGCUCCAUUCUUCCAAAAAACUUUACAAGGACUCUUUGUACUUAAUGAAAGAGUUGCUCUUUUAGGAUAUUGGAAACAUGGAUUUUUUUCAAUGAUCCCAGUUGGGGCCACUAACGUUGGAAGUAUCAUUGUUAAUUUUGAUAAGUAUUUGAAGACCAAUACCAAAUAUGAACAUCAGAUUUAUCUGAAAGAAACCAUUAUUAAUGAAGAGACUCCAUUACUUGAAUCUGAUGAUACUGAAUCAAGCACCACUGAUCUUACGAUCAUUAGUGAUGACUCCUCGGCUACUCCCAAGAGACUGAAGAAAAAUACUUGUUAUGAAGCAACAUACACCAAAGCCAGUCGUUUGCUUGGAGGGUAUCCUUUAACUAAAGGAGAAGAAGUUGGGGGAUUUAAAUUGGGAUCAACAGUUGUAUUGGUGUUUGAAGCACCAGACAAUUUCAAGUUCAAUUUACAUACUGGUCAAACAGUUAAGAUGGGUCAAUCAUUAGGGGAAUUUGUUUAG